UUAGGGGGUGAAAAAUUAGAAUUUCAUUCAAACAACAGAUUCUAUUGUAGUCCAGGAGCAGUAAUUUUUAAACAAUAAAAAACAACGACAAAUAUUAAUAUUAUAAAAUGUUUUGUUGUCUUAGAACAUGUUUAAAUGGCAAUAUACAUAAAACCAAUCGCACUCAUCAACCCAGCAAUCGAAUCAAAGAGCCCGAAAUACAUCUUGACGCAGGAACUGCUGGCUCGGAAGUGAUUUUGCUGUCCAACUAUAUGCGCAUAACUGGCACUGGAGGAGCUUUAGCCACAGCACCAUUAGUCCAAUCAAAGUCUUAUUUUGAAGUGAAAAUACAACAAAAGGGCAUAUGGUCUGUAGGUUUGGCUACACGCCAAGCAGAUUUAGAUAAGAAAUAUGGUGGCUUAGAUAAGGAAAGUUGGUGCCUGUGUUCGGACAAUGUAACGCGUCACAACUCGGAAGAGUAUGGUCCUGUUGUGACAACAAUAAAUGAACCUAAAUCUAGCAAUGGCGAUGUUAUUUUAAAUGACUCCGCCAUACCAGGUCUAAUUGGUAUCGAAGAUAUGGAUGAGGAUUUACUCUUAACCACGGGUCGCAGUGAUGGCGGUGUUAGUGCGACAAAAACAGCUCAGGAAACGAAAGGUGAAGCGACUGAUAGAACAACAGCAAUCACCAUGCAGCAUAGCUUCCCCGAUGAGGGAGAUGUCAUUGGUGUUUCAUUCGAUCACAUUGAACUGAAUUUCUAUUUUAAUGGAAAAAAUUUAGAUGUACCAUUCCGCAAUGUUAAGGCCAGUACUGUGUAUCCGGUUAUAUAUGUUGGCAAUGGCGCAAUUUUGGAUAUAAUCUUGGAUAAAUUUCAUCACCCACCACCCAAUGGCUUUGAAAAUAUUAUGCUCGAACAAUCUCUGUUGUAAAAAUCCUGCAACCCACUGUUUCUGGGAAAACCCUGUUAAGCGAAAAAAAAAAACAAAAAUGUGAAUACAAUAAAGGCAAUCAAGAGGAGAAGAAGGGAAGAAACAAACAUUCCUUAUGUACUGUUAACCAUAAAUUAUUCUAGUCUUUACAUUUCUUUUUCCAUACCUACGAUUUCAAACUGUUUUUUGGUUUAUGUUGAGUUAUUUUUUUGAAGUAUGAAAAAAUUUCUUAAAAUUAUGAAGAAAAACGAAAAAAUUUUACGUGAUUUUUACUCAUUAUUCCAUUUGUAUUAAUUGUGCUCGAAAAUUUUCUAGCCUCUUAGUUUACUUAAUUCCUUUAUUCUUAAGUUUUAUUGUUAAUUUACUUAUAUGGUUUCUCUAUUUUUCCUAUAUACCUAUUUAUUAACCAAAAUAUCUUCUCUUGGCAUUUUUAUGAUCUUUUAUGUUCUUGGAGAAAGACAAGGCUUGUAAUUGUAUAUGUAUGUAUGUAUUAAAAAUAUAAUCCUUAUUCAUGCAACAAACUAUAAAAAUAAAUAAAAACUAAAAUUAUUUAAAGCGAA